AUGUUAUUCAUUUUACUCAUUUCUGCUUUAUUGACCUGGCUUGUAGUCAGACAGUACCAAAAAGUGUCCAGAUUGCCACCUGGACCAGUAUCUCUUCCUCUCAUUGGAAAUCUGCCUCAGAUUGUAUACUAUCUCUGGUCAACUGGUAGCGUUGUAUCAACUCUUGAUUUAUUGAGAAAGCGUUACGGCAACAUUUUCACUCUCUGGGUCGGUCCUAUCCCUCACGUCAGCAUUGCGGACUACGACACCGCUCAUGAAGUUUUUGUGAAAAAUGCAAGCAAAUAUGCUGAUAAAUUUCAUGCUCCAUUGAUCAGAGAAAUAAAGAAGGAACAAGGAGUUUUGGCAACAAAUGGAGAACAUUGGCAAGAAAUGAGAAGAUUCGCUCUACAAACAUUCAGAAAUAUGGGAGUUGGAAAGGAUGUGAUGGAAGAGAAAAUAAUGGAAGAGUUGAAUGCAAGAUGCGCUGACAUUGACAAAGCGGCUGUGGAUGGAGUCACUGUAUCCCAUGCAGCUGAUUUCUUUGACCUUACCGUGGGAAGUAUUAUCAACAGUAUUCUGGUUGGAAAACGAUUCGAUGAGAACAACAAACAUGAGUUCCUCACUAUCAAAAACGCUCUUGACAACGCAUUUGAACUAUUCACACCUUUCGAUCUCACUGUUCCUUCUUGGGUUUUGAAAACAUUCUUCCCUCGUCGAUACGAAAACAUAAUGAAAGUCAACGAUGAGUGUAAGAACUUUGCAGCAAAAGAAGCAGAUUUGAGGUAUGCAGAAUUGAAAACUGGAAAGUAUCUCAUUGACGAGAAUAAUAUUCAUGACUUCACUGACGCUUUUCUUCUAAAAAUCCAACAAGAUGGGGAGAACUCAGAUUUCAACAUUGAAUCUUUGAAAACCAUGAUUAUUGACUUGUGGAUUACCGGACAAGAAACUACUACAACCACUUUGAUUUCUGGAUUCAAUCAACUUCUACUCCAUCCAGAAGUGAUGGAGAAAGCUAGAAAAGAAGUUCUGAAAAUCACAAAGAACGGAUCGCGUCCCUUGAGUCUGUCUGACCGUUCUUCAACCCCAUAUCUGAAUGCAAUGAUCGGAGAAAUUCAACGUCAUGCCUCGAUUCUGAAUAUUAAUUUCUGGAGAAUCAAUCACGAGCCGACUUAUAUGGGAGGGCAUCCUGUGGAUUCUGGAGCCUUCGUGGUUGCUCAAUUGAGUGCUCUUCAUGUCAACGAGACUAUUUUCGAAAAUCCACAAGAAUUCAAUCCAGAAAGGUUCAUCAGAGAUGAGAAGCUUCUCCAAAAAGUUAUUCCGUUCGGAGUUGGAAAGAGAUCCUGUUUGGGAGAGUCUCUGGCUAGGUCGGAAUUGUACUUGAUUUUUGGAAAUCUCCUCCUCCGUUACAAUUUCAAGCCACACGGAAAACUGUCAACUACAGAAGUGAUGCCAUACAGUUUUGCCAAGAGACCAUUCAAAUUGGAGAUGGAGUUUUUGAAAAUUUGA